AGCGCAGAGGAGGCGUGUCUCGGAGAAAGCGGUAGUAGUACGACAUCCGUCGGUGUGUCAGACGCGGAUUCUCCAGAAGUUUUGCGCCCAGUCUAGUCAUCUCGCAGCGGAGGAUCAAAUCUGCGCGAAACCCCGACAGUUUACGGUUCUUCUGGGUAAUGGAACUGGAUCAAAUGGACGAAAAUGACUGGAAAUAUCACGGGGAGGGCAACAAGAGCUUGGUUGUGUCGCAUUCGCAGCAUUGCCGAGUUCUGCGUCUGUUGAAGUGUCCUUCUGAAGAUUCCACGCAUACACGACAGACUGCAGAACAAGCUUUUCGACACAUCCUCAACAUUGUGGAUUAUAGUAAAUAUGUCAUGAAGCCUUUACUUGGGGAGAAAUAUGUUCACAGCGGAGAGGCCGUCAAACUACCGCUGGACUUUGUGAGACAGCUGUCACUGAAAGUUCAGCAAGAACGACCUGAACUGCGCUGUGACAAGGUCAUUGACACGUUCAGUGGGUGUGGCUUAUGUCUGCCCAACCUCACCCAGCUCCACCGCCUCACAGACCACAGACCGCCUAUUUGUGUGGAGAUUAAGCCAAAAUGUGGAUUUCUACCCUGUUCUAGACACAUUACCAAGGAAUGCAAGCGCAAAAUAUGCAGAUUCUGCAUGCAUCAGCAUCUCAAGUUAGCCAAUGGAAAAUGGAAGCGAAUCAGCAGAUAUUGCCCCCUGGAUCUCUUCUCCGGGAGCAAACAGCGAAUGUACGUUGCAAUGAAGAACUUGUUAGAGGAACCUCAAAACAACUUGAAAAUCUUUAAGGGUGGAGAGUUGAUAUUUGGCUGUAAAGACGACGCCAAGCUGCAGCCCGACAUAAACGAUCUCAUUCAGCACCUUCGGCCUUAUUUCCCUCACAGUAACAGCCUUUAUAACGGUCACCAGCCUGGCAAAGCCAUCCUCAAUGAGUUCAUCCAAGUGAUCUGCUCCGCCCUGCUGAGCAGCGGGGACUCGAAUCGCUCGGGAGAACUGAGAAAGACACACCUGUCCGACAGCAGACCACACUGUGAGGCCAGUCCCUUCCCUAGAGAUCUGCUCCGCAACGGUAACCACGGCCUCCCAAAAGAUAGCGUUCUUGCAAAAAUCCUUCAAGUUCAGAUGCUGGAUAACCUUGAUAUCGAAGGAGUCAACCCACUGUACAAACGAGUGGAACAAUAUCUGGAAGAGUUCCCUAAAGAGAGAAACAGACUGCAGAUUGACGGCCCUUAUAAUGAGAGUUUAAUGGACAAAGUUAAAAACUGUCCCACUGAGGAUGACGGCUCUGUAGAAUAUGCAGCUGGGAAGGUUCAUCAAUAUAGAGUUGCAAUGACUGCCAAAGACUGCUCCAUUAUGAUAACGUUUGCACCUUGUGGGGAAGACGAGGAACACCAACCCAAUAUGGACAUCCAACCUGCGAAGCCUCGUUUUACGUAUUCGGUCUCCAUCCUGGAUUUGGACCCCAAGCCGUAUGAAGGCAUCCCUCACCAGUUCAAGCUGGACACCAAAAUCAUCAACUACUACUUGCGUAACACGCAGGCUCCACCCCCCUCCAGCCUAUAUAAAGAGAGGCAGGAGUGCACGCUGCUCUUCCACGCUGUAUGAUACACCUCCAAGACUGCUGCUUUUCAAUCAAGCGUCGGAAACGCGUAGAAGUGAAGUUGAAGUUGAAACCGAGAUACUGUUUUGUUUUUUGUUUUCUAGGUUAUUUUUAUUUUUUAGGUGUUUGCCCUCCCUGUGUUAAUGGCUCCAGCUUUGUUGUUCUGGAACGAGACAGUUGGCAGGUUCAUAGUUGUUGCCGAGGUGACCUGAUGUUUUUUUUGUGGGGGAUGUUCUCACAGGGGCUGGUCUCCCAAAGCACAGCGUACCUGAAAGAGUCACUCUUUGACUUUAGUAGGGAGGACAGUGUUUGUGUGUUUCUCGCACAUACGGCAGUGCUACUGUGGUAUUCGAGUGCCAAAAGUGGCUUACAGUGUUUUUUUCUUAAUUCAUGUUUUACAGUGCAUCAGCUUGGCCGUGUUGUCAUUUUUGCACGGGAAGUUUGGGCUUCUGAGUACUUUAGUUUAAAGGGACAGUUCACCCAGAAAUGAAUGUUUACUCAUUCUGUCCGAUAUUUUCCACACCAUGUAUGGAAAUGGGGACUGGCGCUGUCAAGCACCAAAAUGACAAAAGAAAUAGUUUUUCACUGUAAAACCUUUUUUUUUGGGGGGGGGGGCGCAUUGGAAAGAAACUUUUAAGUCAGAUCUUUUCAAUGAAUCGUUGAAUCCGGUUAAGAAAUUGGUCAAAAUGGUUUGAUCAAAACUCACUGAUUCAGUUAUCUGUUAAUUGCCCACUAGAGGAGAAGAUUUAUCAUAGAUUAGCAUAUGACUUUAGAAAAGUUGGAUGAAAACGCACAAUUGACCACUUUUGUGAUACUUUAUUGGUGCUAUUUUUGUCAUUUUGGAGCUUGACAGCCACCGUACCCAUUUACUUUCCUUGUAUUGAAAAGAGUGGCCAGAGUAUUCAUAAAAAUGUCAUCUCUUGUGUUUGUUAGGGUGAGUAAAUAAUAACAGGACUUUCUUUUUUGGGAGAACUAUCCAUUUAAAUUGGGCCACAUCCAAGUUUAAACCUCCAUUUCAGUCUCCUAAUGUCGUGUAUCCAGUGUGGAUGAGAUGCAUAGAUGUAGCAAGAUCGAUGCGUUUUCUGACGAAAACGUAUUAGUGUGGGCGUGGCCUUAGACGACUGCUCUUUUACAUUCUUAUAGCUCAUGAAACGACUGAACAUGGCGAUCUAGGAUUUAUACUGACAAUCACAAACCUGUUGCAUGCUAGUGAAUGCGGUUACGCUAACAUUGUCACUACUUGUACGAUUAUAUUAUAGAACCGUCUAACGAUAUUACUCGCUAAUGGAGUAUUACUGUAACAUGCACUUGGCUAGCGUAAUCGUUUCCCGCCAUAUACAAAUCGAAGUGUCUUAAAGCUAAUCCAUCAUCUAAAUGCAUUCAACAACAGCAUUUUCCCCUAAAAUUGCUCGCCUUUAUUACCCAUCAUCUUGUUUUCAAUACAUUUUACAACAGCUGCGUUUGUCCCAAGUUUUAUUCCAUGUUAUUGUUCACGGAGACAUUCAUUCAUCAAAGAUGGACAACCCAGUUUUGUUAGCCGUUAGACAAGCCAGCACGUUUUCAAUAGUGCAAAGUGUCUUUUCAGAGCUUAAGUAUAUUUCCAUGCCACAGAAAUGGCACUGCUGAUUUGACUUUGUCAUUUUGCAUAGCACAGUUUCCAUCACUCGUGUCCAAGUUUGGCACCUUCAACUGAAAAGAAACCAUAGCGUGACCGUUCACACCUAUUUCACUGUGCAACUUUUAACACUAAAAAUGGCACCAUGAUGCCAUUCCCAUUCAUGGGGAGUAUUACGCUUACAAAAUACUGUGGCGUAAGCUCCAUUCUUUUGAGUCUGAGUUUGCAGAUUGGAUGGUCUUAUGAUUCUGUUUACCUCUUUUAAGGGAAUAGUUCAUGUAAAAAAGAUGUAAUUAAUUUCUCAUCCUCAUGUGAUUUUAUACCCCUUUGAAUACAAAAGAUGGCUUGAAGAAUGACCAUAUUGCACGGCAAAGUCGUAUGAACUGCUUUUAUGGUGCUUUUAUAAUACGAUUUUGUUGCUUGACAGGACAUGGUUACUUUUUUGUAAUCCACUGACAAAAUAACAGCAUAUACUGUAGGUUUGUAACGACACGUAGGACUGAAUAUUUAUGCAAUUUGUAUUUUUAAGUGAGCUAUUCCUUUAACUUGGUGUCGACUGCAUUGUCAAUGCUGUUAGCAUCAGGCGAAUAGUGUUUUACAUGAUUCAAAAUUGCCAAAGUGUGUUCACACUCCCCUUUUGUCUUUGUAUAAUUUUGAUCUGGUGUCAAAAGAAGAAUUGUACGCCUUAUAUUGAGAAAAUAUACUUUCAUUUUUUUAAUCGAUUGCGUUUAUCUGGCAUGUUGCUCAGUUUUGAAGCGUUACCCUGCUGUAUGAUGAAUGCACACUACAACAAAAUAAUCAUCUUAAGUAGUUUUGUUGUGUAUUCCAGUAAAAAUAUCUAUUAUUCUAUUUUUGGUAACUAUUAAAUCUUUAAUAGUUGUUACAUUUAUGCUUAAAACAAGACAAAACUAGGGGUACAAAAAAAAAUUAAAGACUUUUCUCUGGAAACAUGUCUUAUUAUAUUACAACUUUGCUUCUCAAGAAAGUGUAUCAUGUUUUUAAGGAUGUUAAGAUUUUUACUGGGAAAAAAAAAACGAUAAAAUAUGGGUUAAGAAUGGUUUUCUUUCUUAGCAGUGUGUAUUUUCUCCAAACCAAAGUUUUCAACUUUGGAAAAUAAGCAGCUCUAUCAAUGUAUAUUUCACUUGGCCUUUGUUUAAAAACCUCUUUCCCCCCUUUGAACCGAUACGAAACCAGAAGUUAUUAAUCAGAGGUGGCGACUGUGUUACUCUGAUAAACUGAAGAUCUGUAAUCACUAUCUAGGUAGGAAUGGACAUUAAUUGUAAACAAUGAAAAUCACAGUCUUUGUGAUGGGAUCUAAUGUUAAAAUGUAACUAUUUGAAAGUACAAAGUGGAUUUUGCUGUCAGACAUUUUGUAUUUUAAAUUAUUUAUUUUUCUAGCUCUUGUCUAAUGAUGUAUAUCUCCAAAACGUGUGGGCAUAUCAUGCGUAAAAUGAUUGAUAGGUACAGGUGGUAUAAAUAUAUAGUUCCUAACGGGUGAUUGCACAGGUGUUUGUAUCAAAUAAAAUGAUUAGAUAUGAA